GAGAAAUCAAACUUUUAAUAACAAAACUUCAUCAAAUUGCCCAUUCAAGAUUCUUUGAUUUCUGUUUUCUUUCUAAUUUCUCUGAGUUUUCAAAGAACCCAAACUGUGAAUUUGUUGUGUGAAAGAGAUCGAUGAUAUUACUGCAAUCUCCCUCUAGAUAUCUCCUUCAGAUCUUGUACAAUCGCGUCCAGAAUCUUGAGAAAGGAGUUGAACUGGACUGCCAAUGGGUUGAAUUUGAUGAUAUCCGUUACCAUAUUCAGGGUUCAGUGAAAAAUCCAAAUGUCCUGCUUCUUUCUGUAUCAUUGCCCAUACCACCUCCAGAAACUGUCCUCUUUGGUGGACUUCCACUUGGAGCGCUAGAAGCCAUAAAAGCAGCAUAUGGUGUAGUUGCACAAAUUCUUGAUCCUCCAAGAGAUGGGUUUAAUCUCACACUUAAACUAAACUUGUCAAAACUUCCCCCAGAUGAAGAGCAAAAACAUGCACUCCUGACAAAGAUUGCAUCGGUGAGGGAGGUAGUAAUGGGAGCCCCACUGAGGGCAGUUUUGAAACAACUUGUUACAAGGACAGUUCCUUCUGAUCUAGGCAAGCCCGUUGCCCUGGUUCAUCGUCCCAACGAGUCUUUUUUCCUUGUACCUCAGGCAGACAAGGUGACUGUCAUAUUUCCUAUGAGAUUUAAUGAUUCCAUAGAUACUGUUCUAGCAACAUCUUUCUUACAGGAAUUUGUUGAGGCAAGGCGAACUGCUGGACUUAACAAUGCCCCUCCUUGUUUAUGGUCUCCAUCUCCUCCUCAAGAACUGACGGAAGCUUUUACAGAAUCAUUAUCUGCUAAUGCCGGAUUUGUUAGUUUUGUAAUUUUUUCUCGCCACGUGGAAGGCAGAAAGCUGGACAGAACUGUCUGGAACCUAUCAACCUUUCAUGCUUAUGUAAAUUAUCAUGUUAAGUGUUCUGAAUGUUUCAUGCAUACUCGAAUGAGGCGUCAGGUGGAGUCAUUGAUACAGGCACUUGACCGUGCCAAACCAGAUCCCGAGAAGGCCAAGAAAAAUUCACCUAACCGAUCAUUUAAACGAAUGAGCCUCAAGGAUGGCAAUAACAGUUUGGGUUCGCGAAGUUGGAAGUAGAAAAUUGGGGAAUUGAAGGUUACUUGGCCUGAAAUUAUAGUAAACACCGCCUCUUCUCUAAUAAACUCCAUUUUACUUAUUGUGUUCAUGUUUAUAGUUGUCGUUGUAAAUCUUAUUGAAUUGUCUUCGGCGUUAGAUUUAAACUUAGCCAUCUUGCUGAAGCUUCAAGUUUUGGUUAGCAGAUUGCAUUUGUUUAGGUUCAUGCAAAUUAGUGUAAGAUUUGCUUUGUAACAACUUGCAAUAUUCCCAUUUUAUAAAGUUGCAUUUUUGCUUAUGCUCUAAAA